AUGGAAAAUGAGCUCACCGACAUGGCAAACCAAGCAGCGUCCAUGAUUGCAGGAAACACCGGCACGGUGCCCAUUAUUGCCCCUCUAAACGAACCUGCAGGUUACUUCAGUGACCAGUUAUUAUCCGUUACCAGACAGUACUGGUACGAUAGCUACGGAAACAUCAGAUUUCCAUUCGGGACAUCGCAGCAGAGCAACAUAGUCGUGAUGAUCCAUGAUGCCUUCCAACCUCUCAGCUACUGGAGUAUCUUCAUGCCUUCUCCCCAAUGGCAGGGCGUUAUAAUUGACACUCACAUUUACCAGAUGUUCUCUCAAGCCCUGGUUUCCCAAACCAACGCUCAGCACAUAUCUACCGCAUGCGGCCAGCUGUCUUCCCUCUCGAACUCCCCGCUCUGGACUGUCGUUGGAGAAUGGACUCCUGCCCCCAACAACUGUGCCAAAUAUCUGAAUGGCCGUGGCACAGGUUCUCGUUACGAAGGCACCCUUUCCGGAUCAACGAGAGUUGGGAGUUGCACGGGCCUCACUGGGAAAGCUUCAGGCUUCAGCUCUAGUUACAAGACCUUCCUCCGCCAGUACUGGGAAGCGCAGACCCAAACUUACGAAAAGGGAAACCAAGGAUGGAUUCAGUGGACGUGGAAAGCUGAAGCUGCUGAUGAAUGGAGCUACCAGGCUGGUUUAGCUAACGGUUGGAUUCCGCAGAACCCUACAAACUAUCAAUUCCCGAAUAUCUGUGGAUAA